CCUUAAACCGAAUAUCAUAAUCGAGGAAUAUGAUUAUUGAUCAUGGACCGAGACCGAUUAAAGCAUGGGCUAUUAUGAAACUUUAACAUUUAAAGCGCAACUGAGGUGAAAGAUAUCCAGCACAAAAAAUUAGAAUCCCAUGUGCGUCGUUUGCUGAGGGCCGAGUACACCCAUAUAAGAGCCGCCACCAUGUUGCAGCACACGAUGACCAAGCGCAAAACGCUGAUCUUUGCUUGCUUUGGUAUUGCGCUGGGCCUCUGCAUCGGCACCGUGCUGAAAAACUACCGCGCGCUGGAAAUCGUGAAGCGGUGCAAUCUGCGUCCGACGAACCUCAAGACACCCAACGAGAUAAUUGGGCUGGAGGACGAGGACACUAUACAGAACUCGCAGCGGAAUCUCGUGUUCGUUGGUGUGAUGACGGCCAAGAGUUUUCUGGAAGGACGGGCGAGAGCCGUGUAUGAUACGUGGGGCAAGGAGGUGCCCGGUCGCAUUGCGUUCUUCAGUUCGGAGGGCAGCUACUCGGAGGAGCUGCCAGUGGUGGGGCUGAAGAACGUCGACGACCGCUAUCCGCCGCAGAAGAAGUCCUUCAUGAUGCUGUAUUACAUGUACGAGCACUAUAUCGACCGCUUCGAGUGGUUUAUUCGGGCCGACGACGAUGUGUACAUGGAGCCGGACAAGCUGGAGCGCUUCCUGCGCUCCAUCGACAGCUCCAAGCCGCAGUUCAUCGGCCAGGCGGGCAAAGGCAACAGCGAGGAGUUCGGCCUGCUCUCCUUGGAGUUUGACGAGAACUUCUGCAUGGGCGGGCCGGGCGUGAUUCUUAGCAGCGAGACCCUAAGGCGCGUGGCACCUCACAUACCUACCUGUCUCAAGAAUCUCUACAGCACGCACGAGGACGUGGAGGUGGGCCGUUGUGUCCAGAAGUUUGCCGGCAUACCCUGCACUUGGAACUACGAGAUGCAGUACAUCUUGCGGCACAACUCCAGCGGACGCAACGCAUACACGGGCAAGCUGAAGCGCAAGGAGAUACACAACGCCAUCACCCUGCAUCCCAUUAAACAGGCGCCGCUCAUGUAUCGCCUUCACUCGUACAUACAGGGCCUGAAGGCGGAGGAGAUGCGGCAAGAGUCUCUGCUGCUGCAUCGGGACAUCAAACGCAUGGCCAAGUAUCUGGAGGUGCCCGACGACAGCAUCUACAUGCUACCCAGCAUCUCGCCGGACAGUGAUUCGGGAAAGAGACACUUUCAGGAUCACAAUAUACUAGGAAUCAGCCCGGAACUGAACAAGUUUGUGCCUGGGAGCACGGACGAUCUGCUCGACUGGUCGUUCAUAGCACGCAGCCUUUACUCGGCCAGCUCGGCGAAUCCCAAGCAGAAAAUCGUCUCGUCGAUGCGCGAGGGACUCGAGGAUGUGAUCACCGAAGUGAUGGAGAACAUCAAUAACUAUUCAAGGCAGCGUGGACGGGUGAUUGAGUUCCGGGAGCUGUUGUAUGGCUACCAUCGACUGGAUGCCCUUCAUGGGCAGGACCUCAUACUGGAUUUGCUGCUCAUCUACAAGAAGUAUCGGGGCAAGAAGAUGACUGUUCCCGUCCGCAGACACCUUUACGUGCAGCGUGCCUUCACGGGCAUCUUUGUGAAGGAGUUCGAUGAGGAUUUCUACAAUGUCACCCUGCAGCAGAGUCUGCUGGGCAGCAUCCUACACAGUGGAAUGGCGCGCCUUAGCAGCCACUUUACGAUGGCCAGCGGCCUGCUGCCUCAAGCAGAGGACAAGAUUGUGUUCGUGCUACCGAUCUCCGGACGACUGGGUACUCUUGACCGUUUUCUGCGCACCUACGAGCGCAUAUGCAUCAAUGCGGAGCAGCACUGCGACCUCCUGGUGGUGAUAUUUGGAGCUCCAGAGGAGCUGGGCGAACACCUGCAGCUCUUGACCCAUCUGCGGGGCCGUCACGUCCACCAGCAGGUGAACUGGAUCCAGCGCAGUGGCCCCUUCUCCCGCGGUGUGGCCUUGGAUGUGGCCGCUCGCUCCUCCUACAUCCAGCCCGCGGAUAUCAUCCUGUUCAUCGAUGUGGAUAUGAUCUUCGAGGCAGCUACGCUGCAGCGGGUGCGGAUGCACACGCAGCGCGGUCGGCAGGUCUAUCUGCCCAUCGUGUUCAGUCAGUACGAUCCGCAGCGUCGCUCAGAUGGCACGGGAGACUUGCCGCCGCCCAUCGACGAUGAAAACGGAUACUUCAGGCAGUUCGGUUUCGGCAUCUGCGCCAUCUAUAAGUCGGACAUACUGGACGAGGACAUCAAUGGCUUCGACAAGGACAUCACCGGCUGGGGUCUCGAGGAUGUCAAGUUUCUCGAGAAGAUUGUGCGCGUGGGCACACGCCAGCAAGGCUUCCUUUCAAACACCGCAGAGCUGCCACUGAACUAUAACGAGGCCGCCGAGCAGUGGCGUCGCCUCAGCGUAUUCCGUGCCCCGGACCCCACCCUCGUCCACGUCUACCACGACAUCAGCUGCGACAUACAACUGGAGGCCGCCCAGUACAACAUGUGUCUGGGCACCAAGGCCAACUCUUUGGGCAACACCCGGCUGAUGGAGCAGCUAUUCUACAACAGCCGCGAUGACUUCCGCUUCAUCGCAGACUUCAACAGGCAGAAGCAGCAGCAGCAGGCCAGAUGAUUGACCCCUAUCCAUAUACCCCCUGUUGGCAUAUAUAGUAUUAUAUAGUACUAGGGGGCAAGCCCCCUUUUAUGAAAAUCGGUCCAGCCAUUUGGGAGGAGUUCAGCCACAAACACCGUGACACGAAAUUUUUAUAUAUAUAGAUUUUUGUCCUAGUGUGUCUGUGUGUGAGGGGCGCACAUACUGCCAGUCCUUAAUCUCCAAUGCCAAGACUAAGCGAAAAGCAGCAGCUAGAUUUGUAGAUAGAAGAAUAGUCCAGAGUGGCAUUUGGAGUCCUAAAGUAUGUCCUGCUCAUGAUUCCAGGCCGUUGAUUUUAAUUUAAUUUUAGAAGCAACGAAUAUCGGAUUAAUACCGGCGAUUUGCUCCAAUGAUAAUAAAAUAUUUAAAAUCUAGAACUAUAAGAAAAAUAUUACGUAAUUGAAGAACACACUAAAAAUUAUUUGAAAACGUAUAUCCCAUAACAAAAGAGGAAGAAUAGUUGUCAGUCUUAUUCUUAAGUGAUUGUUCAACAAUAAACGCUAAAACAGAAACCGAUGCCUCAACCACUGAAGAGUGGUAGGGGAGAAGUGCGGGUUUGAAUGGGUGAGGGCUACAGCCAAUAAUAAAUAUCAGAACAAAACGGCAA